UUGAAACGGCGUCGCUUCCUGCAUCUCCGUUGAUCUCAUGAGUAUGACUCGUGUAUGACUGCGCAAGAGAGAACAAAAUGGAGAGCAAAGCAGAAGCCAUAGAAGUAGACAGCCAAGAGAUAGAAGAUGACGAUGACGGACCACCGCCAGGCUGGCAUUCAAUUCCUCCUCCUCCGCAAGCAUCGCCGCCACAGCCGCCACCCUCUUCCGAGAUGGUUCAAUUGGUGUGCGGUUCUUGUCGAACUCUACUGUCGUAUCCAAAAGGAGCUCGUCAUGUUAAAUGCUCAUCUUGUGAGAUGGUUAAUUUGGUAUUAGAAGCGCACGAGGUUGGACAACUUAAAUGCGGUAGAUGUGAAGUUUUGCUGAUGUACCCAUAUCCAGCUCCUUCAGUUAGAUGUUCGUCCUGCCAUUUUGUAACUGUAAUUGGAGCGCAUAACAAGAGGCCACCAUGGUCUGUAAUACAAGGAUACUCUCCUCCUUUGCCAAAUCAAAUACAGUGAGUCGCCUUCAUGGGACUUGCUCAGAAAUGCAGGUGGAAGUCUGGGGUUACAUUAUUGGAACGGAACUUUCUUGCCUAAAUGUCGUUUGCAGUAACUUAUCACCGGAAUUGAUGGCUUACGUUGGCAAGCUUCUAAGGAGCUCAUUAGAGAAGGGGAUGUUGUUACAUUCGCCUUCAUGGGACUUGCUCAGAAAUGCAGGUGGAAGGCUGGGGUUACAUUAUUGGAACAGAACUUUCUUGCCUAAAUGUCGUUUGCAGUAACUUAUCACCGGAGUUGCUGGCUUACGUUGGCGAGCUUCUAAGGAGCUCAUUAGAGAAGGGGAUGUUGUUACAUUGUUCAUUUCUAUCAACUCCUUAUUUAUCAACAAUGUAAAUCAAUCAACUUUUAUUACCAUUUAAUUACAAAUGUUUCAGCA